GCUUUGCCGUCACACUCUACGAGAUAUUUCGCGACGCCAUCUUCUCCGACGGAGAUCGAGCGCGGCCGUUCCCACUACGGCACGAGACAGAAGAGUUUUCUUGCAGUUCGAGCUGGCUUCAUGCGCAUCUCUCGUAAUGGCUUCUAGGGUCUGCGUAGUGGCUACAUCUGCACAUGUGCAGUAUGUACAUGUACUGUUUUGCCCAGUGGGCGCAACAACACAGCCUUCGCGAAAAGCGAGGCCGAGAAGGAACCGAGGCCUGCAACACGCGCUAUUACCCCACAAAUUGCCGAUCCAGGAGAGGCUCCCCCGCCUUCAGACCACGUUCAGGUUGAGGUGCGGCAUGGUUCCGCUCCCGAUGGCCUUCUUGGGGCUUCUGACUUGCAUGAGCGCGACGCCCAGUCGUCCCCGCGAUCUUGCGCCUUCCGCUCUCCUGCAUCCAAAGGCGCUGUGUGUGAGGCUUCGCGGUAUCUCCGAUCUUCUGACCUGAGGAAUACGGACGCAACUGCAAGAAACAACACAAGGCCAUAGAGCAGCAUUGACAAGGAUUGAUGCGCGAUGCCAUGUGAUGCCUCCGCUGGCAGUGCUGGCGUUUAGUCAACGCCAGGGGCGAUAUGCAUGAAAGUGGAUAUCAAUGAAUGGC